AACAUUAAAAAUUAUUAUAUAAAAUCUACAAACACAUUAUCUGCUCAUGAAUUGGUACACUUACCUUAUUGUUGUUACGCAACAAAGUGUCAAGAUAUAUUUAUCAAUAAACAGUCGGUAACAAGAGAUCCAAACCGAAACAUGUAUGUGACAAUAAAGUUGCUAAUUGUAGUUUUAAUAUUUGUAUUAAGAUAUGUUCGAAGUAACAAUUUACGGAUAGAUCCUUUAGUUGAUUCUAAUGCUGGCCUAAUAAAAGGUCUACGAGCUUCUGACGGUGAUUAUUCUAUGUUCCUUGGCAUACCAUACGCUAAGGUCAACGAGAGUAAUCCUUUCGGGGUGUCAAUUCCACAAGAAAAAUUCGAUAAAGUCUAUGAAGCAUACAAUGACUCAUUAAUGUUAUGCCCUCACUCAUCAGAAAUGGGAAUAGUGGGAAAUAUAAAUUGUUUAUACUUAAAUGUUUAUGUACCGAACUCAGCCAGUUCCCAAAACCGCUUACCAGUAAUGAUUUGGGUUCAUGGUGGAGCAUUUAUGACUGGCAGUGGAAAGAAAUCGGCAUUUGGCCCCAAGUUUUUAGUAAAGCAAAAUAUAAUUUUAGUAACAAUUAAUUAUCGUCUUGGGCCAUACGGUUUUAUGUGUCUCGAUAUACCGGAGGUACCAGGUAAUCAAGGAAUGAAGGACCAAUUAUUAGCCUUGAGGUGGGUCAAAAAUAAUAUCGAAGCAUUCGGAGGUGAUGUUAAUAAAAUAACAUUAUUUGGAGAGAGUGCUGGUGCGAUAUCCGUAGAUUUACAUCUUUUAUCUGUGCAUGAUAAUCUUUUUAAUAAAGUAAUAAUGCAGAGUGGUACAGCAUUAGCUGCAACUGUUCUAGAAACACCAGAUAAAAUGGCUCCCAUAAAAAUAGCAGAAUUUCUGGGUUUUAAGACAGAAUCUGUACUUGAAGCGCUGAAUUUUCUGACCUUAACUGACUCUACCUUAAUAAUUGCCGCGUCAACUAAUCUUAAUAUGAUUUUUAAACCUUGCGUGGAAACAGAGUUUAGUAACGUUGAACCAUUUAUACUUAAACCUUGGAUCAAUGAGAAUACGAGAAAAGUUAGAGGGAUGCCAAUACUUUUGGGAUUUAAUAAUAAAGAACGAUGGUUUGAAUAUGCAACAAAACAAUCUGAAUAUUUCGACAAUUUAAAUGUGAUACAUGAUAAAUUAGUACAAACUUUUGCAUUUAAUGAGAGCAAACUUACAGAAAUGGAAAAUAUUAUUCAUCACUUUUAUAUGGGAGAUAGUAAAAUGAGUAUAGAACUAAGAGAUAAGAUUGGUGAUUUUGAUUCUGAUUAUACGUAUAUACAUCCUAUUCAAAGAAGUAUUCGACAAUAUAUAGAAAAUGUACCUGAAAAUAUAUUCUAUUAUAUGUUUUCAUAUAGUGGUAAAAGAAAUUAUAACAAAGUGACCCUGAAUGUAACCGAAGAAGGUGCAUUUCAUGCUGAUGAAAUUGGAUAUUUAUUCGAUUUAUCAUUUCUUCCUGAAGAUAAUCCAGAAGACUUGGUUAUCGUAGAACAAAUGACAACAAUGUGGGCAAAUUUUGCUAAGUAUAGUGACCCCACACCCGCCACAUCAGAACUAUUGCCAGUCAAAUGGACUCCCCUAACAAAAGAUAAGUGGUAUUAUUUAAAUAUAGAUUCAAAACUGGCCAUGGGAUCUAGACCACUCAACGAGAGAAUGGCAUUCUGGGACUUAUUUUACGAAACAAAUAAAAAGGAACAGAAAGGCUAUGAAGAAAACUUAUAAAAAUAAAAUAUUGAUAAUUAUAUUGUUUAA